CUUUCAAAGGAGCGCUUUGUCAACUCGACAUCAAGGACGACAUAACAUGACGCAUCACGAUAUCUCGAAAAUUUUGAUAUGUGUAAUCCAAAAUGGCUAGAAUGUGAAAGUUAAUUAAGCAAUAACAAAUUCGAUUGUUAGUGCAAGUGUUUCCUAAUUGUUUAUAUUAUUUGGCAACGGACUGUAUCAAAUCUAGAAAAUUAUUUUCUUCUGUGACAGUAUUGUCUGCGAUAAAAGGCGAAAGAAGAAAUGUAUUCGUUCUAAUUAAGCUUAACUAAAGAGCUAACCUUAAAUUAUCGAAACUAAUAUUUAUAUGUAAAAAAACAUAAGAGAUAAAAUCAGUUGACAGCACGUUAAAUUUUAUUAUUAAAAAAAAGCAAUAUCAGGUGUCUGUCAGUAUCCGGUUUGACGAAAUUAGUCAGGUAGUCUGAAUCUGCUUGUCAAGAUAGUGACCUUGGCCAAGAAGAUCAACGAACUCAAAAAAAACGCCAUCAACGUCAAACAAACACUGUAUCGCCAACAAUGACGACAACCGUAAAAAUUCUAGAUGGUGGCUUUUCUGGGCAACUGUCACGUCACGUAGGCGCGAAGAUCGACGGCGAUCCGUUGUGGACGGCACGAUUCCUCGCGACCGAUCCCGAUGCUGUGUACGCCACGCACUUGGACUUUCUACGUGCCGGCGUCGAUAUUAUCGAGACCAAUACUUAUCAGGCGUCCGUACCUGGCCUCAUGAGGUAUUUGAACGUGAACGAACACGAAAGUCUGAAUCUGCUUGCCAAGGCUGUGGGCCUUGCUAAGAAGGCUGUAGACAUUCAUAUACAAGAAACGGAUAAUCUUCGGAAACCGCAUACAAGACCCAUGAUAGCUGGUUCCUGUGGUCCUUAUGGAGCUUAUCUGCACGAUUCCUCGGAAUAUACCGGUUUCUAUGGGAAAUCCGUAUCUCGACAGGAGCUGAUCGAUUGGCACAGACCGCGCGUUCAAGCAUUAUUGGACGCCGGUGUUGAUUUAUUGGCUCUAGAAACUAUACCCUGCAUCGAGGAAGCGGAAGCUUUGCUAGAGCUACUGCGAGAGUUCCCACAUGCUCGUGCCUGGUUGUCAUUCUCCUGUCGAGACGGUCAGCUGUUAGCGGACGGUAGCAUCUUCCAAGAAGUAGCUGUGCGUUGUUACAGAGCUUUACCCUCGCAGAUUGUUGCAGUUGGUAUUAAUUGCAUUGAUUCGAGGUACGUGACUCCUCUGUUGAAGGGAAUCAACGUCAACGGAAAAUCAUCGUCGCAAGAUUUUAUUCCUCUGAUAGUAUAUCCUAACAGAGGUGGUAGUUACUCCUCGAUCGACGGAUGGACCGCAGUCCCGGAUGAUCAUUCCUUAAAACUACCUAUAUCAGAAUGGGUGGACAUGGGAGUUCGUUACAUUGGUGGUUGCUGCAAGAUCUUCGCAGAGGAUAUAAAAGUGAUUCGAUCGGAAGUUGACCAAUAUUGCGCAAAAAUCACAGCAGUGUGAUUUCUUUGAAAGGAAGCUGAUGCAAUGAUCUUCGAAACUGUAUGAUACACAUUUUUACGAAUAUUACUUUACGUAUUAAAAUCUCUCUCGCUACUGAUUAAAGAUAGCGCGCGCUUAAUUAGCUGAAAAUAUGAAGUAAGUUUGAGAAGAUUAAAGCUGAUAAAAUGUUUGUAUGGCCAAUGAUUAUUCUUAAUAUGAAAAGCCUGUGAAUAUUGAUGCAAUUUGUUACAAUCAAUAAUUGUUUAUAAUAC